AAAAAUAAACUUCUCUAUGGUACACGAUCGUGUUCAAUCUUUUUACUUCGGAAUUCUGUGAAGGAAUCAGUUUCCUGUAUUUGUGUUAGAAAUUAACCAAAUUAAAAAUGGCAAAACGUACAAAGAAGGUAGGAAUUACCGGAAAAUAUGGUACCCGUUAUGGUGCUUCCCUACGUAAGAUGGUUAAAAAAAUGGAAAUUACUCAGCAUUCCAAAUAUACAUGUACAUUUUGCGGAAAGGAUGCCAUGAAAAGAAGUUGUGUUGGUAUUUGGGCAUGUAAACGAUGCAAGCGUACAGUAGCUGGCGGUGCAUGGGUAUACUCUACAACAGCAGCUGCAUCAGUAAGAUCUGCAGUCAGACGGUUACGUGAAGUUAAGGAGCAAUAAACGCAUACACCUUGUUUUUUAUCUUUAAGUUCCAAAUAAAAAAUUAUUUAAAUAACAA